GACACGAAGUUUUACUAUAUUAAAGCAAACAACAGCAGUGCUGUUCUUUAUGCGAAGUAUUUGAAUGCCAAUACUUUUCUUUUGAAGGAACUAACGGUACAUUUUUGUAAACGAAAUAUUUGUGAUCAAUAAGAAUUAAACAAUGAAUUCUAUUUAUAUUAAAUGAAACCAGGCACACUAGAAACUGUUGUCUACCCCUAGGAUUAAUAUUACACCUAAAUCUUAGGGAUGACCCUGACUGUAGACUUUGUGGUGAUGAAGUGGAAACAACAUCCCAUCUUGUCGUACCGAAAUUAUGCCCAAACUGUGACACUGCUAGCGCCACGACGGAAUUCAAUGUAAUCUACACUAAGUUGCCGCCAAAUAGUGAAAAGACUUUUGCUCAGUUGCAACCAACGGACUAGAACUCCAUAGUUGUCCGUAGUGGCGCUAGCAGUGCUACAGUUUUGCAUUUUAUACAGUCUCUUAUGGAGCAUAAUUUCUGUGUGCAUCUUGUAGACAGAUGUUUGAGGCUGAAUGAUAUAGGAGAAAGGUUCACUGGAUGAAGAUCCUACCAGAUGAUCCAUGCACUAAAUGUUUUCAGCCUGGUACAGUUUUUUAUGCGGGCUUAUGAAUAAAAUCCAUGUCUCGUACAUAUUUUUGGAUAAAGACUAUUUUCGUGUACAGCAGUACACACACGGGCGUCUUGCAGUAGGUUAUGAAACCUGAGCAACGAGUUUACUAGCAUUCAAUUAGAAGCAGUUCACUCCCCGUUCAAAUCCAAUAAUCCAAUAAUCCAAAUAUUACACCUCAUGGGUUGGAAUGAGUCAUUACUCUAUGCCAAAAUUAAAUGAAAUUCAAAGCAAUUUUAUAACAUAUUUCCGCAAUUGACAUUCCAUGCAUUGCCUUCGUCACUUAACUGUGAUUUUUUUCUAAAUCAUAACAUGAAUUUCUUUACCUUCUGAACGAUCUAUUAUAGAGAGCCAAAGAGAGUCGCGUUCUUUAGCAAAUUUUUGCCAUCAGUGAGAGAAAGACAAUUGACCUUAGCCCAAAUCGAAAAUUAUGACUAUCUUUUCUCACGAAUUGAGUUUUGAUUAACAAAAACCGGUAUUUAUCGUCAUGUUAUGUUAUAUAAUUUGGAUCGUGUUCCCCUGUUGAUUGAUUUUUCUUAUCAAUAACUGGAAUUUAUAAAAUGUUAUUGUAGUUCAAAUAGCCAGACUAAAUUGGUAAAAGGAAGCGGAUAAAAGUUUCUUUUUAGUAUUUCAUUUGUUACCUCUGUUCGAUAAAGACGCAGACAUUUUUGUCAAAAAUAGUUAGUUGGAUUGACGGGAAUCGAUUUUUUGUCGUUCCCAAACAGUUUUAUUCGGUGUGUUUUUAAGCAGAAUGUGCCAAACUAAAGAUCUCCAACGAGUGGAAAAUGGUGCCGGUGAAGCUAAUAUUCGACCCAAAACACUGGAUGAUACAGUACCAACGAAAAAUGGAUUUUAUAUGGAUGAAGCCAUUUCAAAAACUAAGUUCGGUGUCUUUAACUAUGUUAUAAUUUUUCUUGGUGGAUUAAUAUUGUUUGCAGUAUUGGUGGAAACAACUGGUACUUCAUUUAUAUUUUUGGUUUCUCAGUGUGAUUUAAAUUUGACUGUUGGUGAAAAAGGCAUAUUGGGUGCUGUGUCCUUCAUUGGCAUAAUUUGUUCAUCUCAUUUAAUGGGAUAUUUGUCUGAUACUAAAGGACGACGUAAAGUCAUUCUACCCACAUUAUUCAUAGCUUUCCUUCUGUCCAUCGCUUCAUCACUUGUUCACAACUUUUACCUUUUGGCUACGUUGCGGUUUCUUAAUGGAUUUUUCAUAUCAGGCGCAUCUGCAACUAUAUACGCGUACUUGGGUGAAUUUCACAAUAGUUUACACAGGAGUCGCGCCAUCAUGGCAUCUACGGUAAUAUAUGGUAUUUCGUGUCCACUUUUACCUGUAAUCGCCGGACUAGUUAUCAAUCACGAUUGGAAAUUUUACAUUCCACUCAUCGGCAUUACAUACAAACCGUGGCGACUAUAUUUGGUUGUGUGCGGUUUACCAGGAUUUCUUGCUGCUUUGAUCACGCUAUUUCUGCCAGAGAGUCCGAAAUUCGUGCUCGGUCAAGGUGAUAGUGCGAGUGCUUGGAAAAUAUUACAAAAAAUGAAUCGCUGGAAUAACGGCAGGAAAUCAAAACUGGAACAAUUCGAAAUCUACGAAGAAGAAGAAUCGAUUGAAAAUCGACGCCGUAUUUUGAAAGCAAAAGAGAGCCGAUUUCCAUUGUUGAAGUCUAUUUGGAAUCAAACAGCACCACUUUUUAAGCCACCGCAUUUGUACUCGACCCUUUUGAUUUGUACCAUUCAAUUUGCAAUUGGUAUUAUAUGUUUUGGAUUUGGCAUGUUCUUUGCAGACAUUUUGAAUAAGAUGGCUACAAAUAUGGAUAGUCUUAAUCAGCGAAUACCCAUGUGUGAUCUCAUUAAUAAGAAACCGCUCAAUAUGAGCGCAUUCAACCAAAACGAAACUAUUUGCAAUGAUGUUUGCAUCACGAAGAUCAAGCUGGAAACAUUGGAAAACGGAAUCAUUCUAGAAGUAUUUUUCGCCAUAGGAUGUGCUAUUAUUAGCUUGAUCAUCAACAAAGUCGGGAAGUUUCCAAUUCUGCUUAUCAUUUCGAUUGUUUGUGGUGGUUGCGGAAUUAUGUGCAUGCUGACCAAUAUUUUAUUCGUACAGACAUACUCAUUCGUUCUACUUAUGUGCGCUGGGUGGGGCAUGAAUGUGAUUAAUGCAGCUACGGUUGAAAUUUAUCCAACCGCUUUAAGAGCGAUGGCUAUUUGUAUUUCUUUGAUGUUUGGUAGAUUGGGAGGCGUUUUUGGGGCAAACAUAAUGGCUCACUUUAUAGGAAGUCAUUGUGAAAUGGUUUUCUAUUUGUCUGGAUCAAGCAUGAUAGCUGUGGGCCUAUUCGCAUUUUUCAUUCCGCAUAUCCAUGAAAGAGUCAAGAAAGUGGAUUCAUAAUUUUUACGUAACAAUGACAUUGAAUGUGUAAACAACUUCCUUUGGCUAA